AUGGCACCAAGGUCAGUUAACUCUUCUGCCCAAAUUUCACCAGACAUACUGCGUUUGCUUCAGAAAUCAGAGUUAGGACUUGAAGAAUUGAAACAAAUUCAUAAAUAUGCGAAAGCUAACCCUCAGCACCUCAUAAAUCAAACUAGUCGUUUGGAAUUAUUGAUUACCAAAAUUAUUAACCCUACGGAAUGUAAUUGCUCGGCCAAAACAGCUACACAUUUUGAUUUGUCAUGCAAAAAUCUGGAAAUAGAGGAAAAAAUUCAACUGGCAGCAGAGUGCUUUUCAAUGUUGCCUUUCUUGAAAAGUUCACCACAACGUCUUCAAGAGUACCAAUUACGUCUAGCUAGAUGUCUUAGCGAAACCUUAUGUUGUCUACUAGACAUCAACCGCUUAUCACAUGCAACUUUAUCAACAGUUCAAGCGUAUUUAAGUUCCAAAGUUGACUACUUUUCUUGCAUAACUCCAGUUGAUAAGGUGAAGAAAUUGUCGGAGGACUUCUCAAACUUCCUGUAUUUACGUGCUGAGUUUUUCACAUAUUCCCUACGCUGCAUCUUUCUGCGUGACUCGGCAACGUAUAUUGACAUUUGUUUACCCGUUUUUAUGUCAUUAUUCAAUGGUUUCUUCGAAGUAAAACUAACAGAAAAUGAAUCUGUAUCAGAUCGUUUGUUAACAACUUCUAGUCGUCUAAUGCUGUGUUUAAGUACUAUAUGCCAGACUGUAGGCACGCUAAUUAUGCCUGCUGUCCCUUGUUUGCUGACUUUUCUUACAUAUCACUUGGAGUGGACUACUAAUUGGCGACUCGAUUUCAAGCGCAUGGGAUAUAUUGUACGUCUUCGUUUAGGUAGUAUUUCGUGCUUGAUAAAUCUUGCUACUAAAAACUUGAAGCUUUCGUAUUCAUAUUUCACUGAAUUAAUGCCACGCAUUAUUUCGCAACUGGUUCAUGAUCUGCGUUGGCAACUGUGUAUAAAUCAGGUUAAAUAUUCAAUUAAGCCUGUUAGUCCAGCACGACAAAAUGACGCCUUCAAACCCCCAGCACUUACUGUGGGAUCAUUCGAAAAACGUAUCACAAUCGCAGUUCUAACUCUAGUGGACUGUAUUUUCAAGGACCCAGAAAUGCUACAUUAUAUAACACUUUCAGAAUCAAAAUCAGAUCGUAUGAUUGGCACUAAAAAUCCCCUUAGUCGUACAACUGAUAGUGAAGUGAAUCGACUUCUGUUAAUUAUUGGCCAUUUAACUUCACAAGUCGAUGCUGUGUUAAAACGUGGAAUGCCUUUCGUUCAGAACAAAGUAACAAAUAUGGUUUUAAUAAGUCCACCAGUGCUAAGUGCACUCGCAAAGGUCUCUUUUGUAUGUGCUAUGUCAAUCCCUAACCAAACGUUCCUACUGACUGUUUUGAAAUUUCUUAAUAAUCUUACGAGACAUUCUGACAACACAUUAAGUUUGACUGCAAUGGGAUAUUUCCAUCAACUAUCCGGUUUAAAACUCUGCAAAUCAUUGCGUCAUACAAAUUCAGAACCUACUAUGGAUGAUUAUGAACAUGCCCAAAUCGCACAUCAACCUCGGCUUGUUAUGCAAAACGAAUGUAAGUAUUUCGUAACUAAACAUGGUUCAGAAAUGCAUUCUAACGGUAACAAGAGUCCGAACUUCAAACAACAGAAAGAAGAGCCACCUGUCAAACUUCCUCGAAUUACAAAAAAGCAAGGACCUACAGAAAUCGAGCCAAAAUCUUCAAGUGACGAAUCGAAAUCUGAAGUUUCAUCAUCUGAGCAGAAAGAACCCAUACAAAUCGACGGGAAAUCUUUAAGUGGCGAUUCGAAAUCCAAAAUUCCAUCGUUUGAGCAUCAAACAAUUGACCCCCAGUCACCAGGUAAGAGCGAUGCAUCCUGCAUACCAAAGGAUGUUCAUACUUUUUUGACUGCUUUCGAUCCAACUUUUGUAUGA